CCUAGAGCAGACAGGGCUCCAGCAGUUGGUCGGUAUGUAGCAGCAGAGCUGACCGUCUGCCCGGGAUUACAAAGAGGAAAAACGCGCCUUGGAUAGAAAAUAUCACCAGCGGGAUUAAAAAUAAAACCACCCGAGGAUGAGACACAUACCGUCCGACUAAAGGAGACUGAAAACACGCCGAUAUUUCGCUGAUUUAACACCGUUUUUGAACGAAAAUGGCGAACGAGUCCCCGGCCAAAAGUCUGGUGGAUAUAGACCUGGCAUCCCUGAGGGAUCCUGCUGGGAUUUUCGAGUUGGUGGAAGUGGUCGGAAAUGGCACCUAUGGACAAGUCUACAAGGGCCGACAUGUCAAGACGGGACAACUGGCGGCCAUCAAGGUUAUGGACGUCACUGAGGAUGAAGAGGAGGAAAUUAAGCUGGAAAUUAACAUGCUGAAGAAGUACUCCCACCACAGAAACAUAGCCACCUAUUAUGGAGCCUUCAUCAAGAAAAGUCCUCCAGGCCAUGACGACCAGCUAUGGCUGGUGAUGGAGUUCUGCGGUGCCGGUUCUAUCACGGAUCUGGUGAAAAACACCAAAGGCAACACACUGAAGGAGGACUGGAUCGCCUACAUCUCCCGAGAGAUCCUCCGGGGAUUAGCUCACCUGCAUGCUCACCAUGUCAUCCACCGUGACAUCAAGGGACAAAACGUGCUGCUGACUGAAAAUGCCGAAGUCAAACUGGUGGACUUUGGUGUGAGUGCUCAGCUGGACCGGACGGUAGGUCGAAGGAACACCUUCAUCGGGACGCCAUAUUGGAUGGCUCCAGAGGUCAUCGCUUGUGAUGAAAACCCAGAUGCUACCUACGACUACAGGAGUGACCUGUGGUCCUGUGGAAUCACGGCUAUAGAGAUGGCUGAGGGAGCUCCCCCUCUGUGUGACAUGCAUCCAAUGAGAGCCCUCUUCCUCAUUCCCAGAAACCCUCCUCCUCGACUCAAGUCGAAAAAAUGGUCGAAGAAGUUCUUCAGCUUCAUUGAGGGCUGCCUGGUGAAGAACUACACUCAGCGUCCUCCCACUGAGCAGCUGCUGAAACACCCCUUCAUUCGGGACCAGCCCAACGAGAGGCAGGUCCGCAUCCAGCUCAAAGACCACAUCGACCGGACCAAGAAGAAGAGGGGAGAGAAGGAUGAGACGGAGUAUGAAUACAGCGGCAGUGAAGAAGAGGAGGAAGAGGCAUCUGAGCAAGAAGGAGAGCCAAGCUCCAUAGUCAACGUGCCAGGCGAGUCGACUUUGCGCCGCGACUUCAUCCGGCUGCAGCAGGAGAACAAGGAGCGCUCGGAGGCGCUGCGCCGCCAGCAGCUCCUCCAGGAGCAGCAGCUCCGCGAGCAGGAGGAGUACAAGCGCCAGCUAUUGGCCGAGAGGCAGAAACGUAUCGAGCAGCAGAAGGAGCAGAGGAGGCGGCUGGAGGAGCAACAACGGCGUGAGCGCGAGAUGAGGAGGCAGCAGGAGCGCGAGCAGCGCCGACGUGAACAAGAGGAGAAGAGGCGCGUCGAGGAGAUGGAGCGACGCCGCAAAGAGGAGGAAGAGCGCAGGAGGGCCGAGGAGGAGAAGAGGAGGGCCGACCGAGAACAGGAGUACAUCCGCCGUCAGUUGGAGGAGGAGCAGAGGCACCUGGAGAUCCUGCAGCAGCAGCUGCUCCAUGAACAGGCCAUGCUGCUGGAGUAUAAAUGGCGGGAGCUUGAGGAGCAGCGCCAAGCCCAGAAGCUCCAGAGACAGCUGCAGCAGGAGCAGGCCUACCUGCUGUCCCUCCAACAAAACCAGAACCUGGAUAGUAACAAAACAGCCCAGCAACAGAGCGCCAAACCCCCACAGAGCGUUGAACAGGACAGGAUAAAGCCCCCGCAGAGCCCUGAGCCGGAUACGACAGAACAACAGAGUACGGACUCUGAAAAGACAAGUCAAAAUCACAGUCUGGAGAAAACUACAGAACCCAAGCUACCUGUUGCUGACCUGCAAGGCCCCGCCCCUGACUCUGAGCCAAUCAGAGAGGCUGAUGAGCGAUACCGGAAGAACAUCCAGGGUUCUCCUCAGGCAGCUCAGACCAAACCGCAGCAGCCUCCGGUGCCACCGCGCUCCGAGUCUUCCUACCCCAAUGGGAACUCGGCAUCUGAGGCGCCCGCCAUGCACCCGCCCGCCAUGCACCCGCCUGCCAUGCAUCGGCCUGUGGAACCACAGGUCCGUUCCCAUCUGGCUGCUUUAAAGAGCAGUGGCAGCGUGGCAGCGUCAAACUCCUCCGCUACCACCCUGCCUGCUGUGUCGCGGUCGCACUCCUUCACCGAGCCGCUUGCCGCUAGCUUUGAAAAUCUUCACCUUCACAACAGCCAGGAACACCCUCACUCUCCAUCUUCAUCACCAUCCUCCUCAUCAUCAACGCCUGCACGCACUGACCCACAACCCCACUCCCAGCAUAGGCCCUCACCCCGUGAACCAGCCCCUUCAGAGGAGGUCCCGCCCAGGGUUCCUGUAAGGACUACAUCAAGGUCCCCAGUGUUGUCAAGGCGAGACUCGCCUCAUCACCAUGGCAACGCCUCACACGGCAGCCAUGCUGUGCACCGCCCCUCUGCCAGUGCGGCGGAGCCUCGGCUGCUGUGGGAGCGAGUGGAGAAACUGGUUCCCAGACCAACCAGUAACAGUGGCAGCGGAGGCUCCAGUUCCUCCAGCAGCUCCAGUAACUCAAGCUCUCAGCCCGGUUCUCACUGCGGCUCUGGAGAAAGAUUCAGGGCCCGCUCCUCCUCCAAAUCAGAGGGUUCGCCCCUCCAACGGCCAGAGAAUGCUGUGAAAAAACCAGAGGAGAGGAAGGACUUGGUCAGGCCAAACAGACCAGCGGACCUGACGGCUCUGGCCAAGGAGCUACGUGCAGUGGAUGACGUUCGCCCCCCAAAUAAGGUGACAGAUUAUUCAUCCUCCAGUGGUGAAGAUUCAGACACCACUGAUGAAGAUGACGAUGAAGAGGUAGACCAGGAGGCAGGCGAAGAGUCAACCUCUGGCCCGGAGGACUCCAAAGCUGUUUCUUCUAGGCUGAGUAAUGGUGAAACAGAGUCAGUGAAAACCAUGAUCGUUCAUGAUGAAGGCGAGAGCGAUGCAGGCUCAACGCCUUGCAAAGACAGCACGCUGAUCGUCAGACAGAGUGCAGGUGACAACAGAAAGCGUCCGAGCCCCGGCCCGGGCCAAGCUCAAACCCCCGGGCUGCUUACAGGCUUUGCCCCAAGUCCUGGCUCGGUAUCGGGCCCGGGCCUUGGCCACCACACCCCCAGCCCCCAUCAUCAUCAUCACCACCACCACCAUCACCCACCACAGCACUCGGACAGGAAUGGCUUUGCUGGACGCAUCCACCACCUCCCAGACCUGAUCCAGCAGAGCCACCAUUCCUCCCCCUCCUCCUCUGCAUCCAACUCCCCUUCCUCUUCCAGCCUUGCCAGCCCCUCCACCAUGUCCCCUCAGAGUCCCCUGGACAAGCUCAGCAUCCUCAUAGAGAGCCAGUCUAGUAACAACAUGCAGAAACACAAGUCUUCCUCCUCCUUCACUCCGUUCAUCGACCCACGCCUCCUUCAAGUCUCUCCAUCCACCGGCAGCGCCCUUAACAACAUUGCCCUUCCCUUUGACCUUUUAGGUUACGGGAACGACGCCCGGCUAGCAGAAGCGCUGAGGGCCGACCCAUCUCGGAAAGGCUCCGUGGUCAACGUUAACCCGGUCAACACUCGCCCGCAGAGCGACACGCCAGAGAUCCGCAAAUACAAGAAGAGGUUCAACUCUGAGAUCCUGUGUGCUGCACUAUGGGGAGUAAACCUGUUGGUGGGAACAGAGAGUGGUCUGAUGCUGUUGGAUCGCAGCGGUCAGGGGAAAGUCUACCCUCUGAUCAACCGACGGCGCUUCCAGCAGAUGGACGUCCUGGAGGGACUCAACGUCCUGGUCACUAUAUCAGGUAAGAAAAACAAGCUCCGUGUGUACUACCUGUCCUGGCUGAGGAACAAGAUCCUGCACAAUGACCCUGAGGUGGAGAAGAAACAGGGUUGGACCACCGUAGGAGACCUGGAGGGCUGUGUCCACUACAACGUUGUGAAAUAUGAGAGGAUCAAAUUCUUAGUUCUGGCUUUGAAGAACUCAGUGGAGGUCUACGCCUGGGCACCCAAGCCUUACCACAAGUUCAUGGCCUUCAAGUCUUUCGGUGACCUGGUGCACAAGCCCCUGCUGGUGGACCUGACUGUGGAGGAGGGUCAGAGGUUAAAGGUUAUCUACGGCUCAUCUUCAGGCUUCCACGCUGUGGAUGUCGACUCUGGGGCUGUCUAUGACAUCUACCUGCCUACACAUAUCCAGACCAGUAUCCAGUCUCACGCCAUCAUCAUCUUGCCCAACACUGACGGCAUCGAGCUGCUGGUGUGCUACGAGGACGAGGGUGUUUACGUGAACACCUAUGGACGCAUCACCAAGGAUGUAGUGCUGCAGUGGGGGGAGAUGCCGACCUCAGUGGCCUACAUUCGUUCCAACCAGAUCAUGGGUUGGGGAGAGAAGGCCAUAGAGAUCCGCUCGGUGGAGACCGGCCAUCUGGAUGGCGUCUUCAUGCACAAGAGAGCCCAGAGACUCAAGUUCCUCUGUGAAAGAAAUGACAAGGUGUUCUUCGCCUCUGUUCGGUCUGGAGGCUCCAGCCAGGUCUACUUUAUGACUCUGGGCCGAAGCAACCUGCUCAGCUGGUAGAGGUCCACACCCUGCCCUCUUCCUUCUCCUCAUUGUCCUCCACCCUCGCUAACACUGGAUCUCAGAACCCACCGUCGAUGUCUUGUCAGCCCUCGGACAACCAAAAGAGAACAAAAUCAACAACGAACCAGCCCUCUGAAGCAGUCAACAGCAAUGACUUCACCUUUCUUCUGGAGCUGCAGCCUUGCUGCAUCAGUGCUCCGGGGCCGCCUGUGACGCAGCGACAACCGGUCAAGUCACACAGUCAUCGCCCCCUGAAAUGCCUGAAGUGAUGACAUCAACGAUGAAUUAAUAUAUGAAAGAAAGUAAAAAAAUAAAUUAAAUGUGAAUUUAGGUAAAGGGGGCAAAUUACAUUUUGCUUCCCUCUCCGUUUUCUUGGUGCUUAUCAGAUUAUGAUAAGAUAUAUAUAUUUUUUUUUUACCUCUGCAGCAUUUCCAUGCUCCUGGGCAGGUCAGUAAGCUUAAGGUCUUUUAACUACUAGUACUGCUACCACUAUUAUUACAACUGCUACUACCUUCUGCAGGUCUGCCUCUUGUAAGAGCGUUCACCCUCUGCCCCAUGUUCCUGCCCUCCGCCCUUUCUUAUGAGCGCUUCAUGGGGCCGGUGGAGUGGGAGUCUGUCGUAUUAAUGCUACAGUAGUGUGUGUAAAUGUACUUCAGUUUGGUCCAAUUACUGCUGACAUGCUGGAUAGAGGUCGAGACUGUCAGCCAGGGGGCAAUUGUAAAAUAAAAAAACACUCGGAGCCAGUUGGACUUGUCAUGGUGACAAGCGGGGGAAAGGGGCCUAAUAGUUUGAGGUUCUACUUUAAGUCUGAUCGAUGGGACUCGACAGGUGGGUGUGUAUGUCGUUGAAGUAUUGUGUUGUUUGGACAUGUGCUUUAAAAAAAAAAAGAAAAAAAGAGGAUUAUAGAAAGACGCUGAAGCAGAUGGAUUUCAGAAUAGUAUUUUUUGAAUUAUUACUAUUAUUAUUCCUUGAAGAUAAAUGUAACUAUGUGGAGUAAAACAUGUCUUUUAACUUGUUUUUUAAGAUUUACGCACAUCCACCCACAGUUUGCUUGCUUUUACUCUGAACCCACAGAAGUGCAAGAUGUGUUUGUCUAAGAAAAAAGUGAUGUGGGUGUGGUCCAAAAAAGAAAAGGUGUCUAUGUACAAUAAAAAAGUUCACUGAAUCUUCCAGAUAGUGUCAGGGGUCAUGUUUUUCCCCCCACCAGUCAAACAUGACCACCUAAACUCAUCUCGGGUAGGGAGGUCAGCCAGUGUCUCUCAACUGGAGAAACUUGAACUGCUGUGAAUACUCAGAUAUAAAAUAAGAAAAAAGAUGAUAAUGAAGCGAUAUGGUAGAGAAGAAAGUUCAGUAUGUGUGUGUGCGCGCGGUCAGAGAGAUAAGUGUCAUCGACAAAUUGGAUUUUCGUGGCAGAGAUAAACGCAUGGUCAGCAGGUUUGGUUCAGCAGAGGAUUUUUUUUCUGGAAGGCGGUUUUCUAUCUUCCAUUUCAAAACAUUUUUCAUUUGUAUCAUUUGUAUGAAUGCAAUGCACUAAGUGUUAAGAAUGUAGAAAGACUUAUUACUGUGUGGUGGUCCAAGGCAUGAGAUGAUGUUUUUGCUUUGUAUCUUGUCACAAGUGAUCAAUCCUAGAUGUUCAAUUUUGAGAUAUAGACGAUUGAAAGCUACAGCAGUGGAGACUCUACGUCAGGUGUAGAUAUUUUCCGGGGGAGGGGGGAUGGGGCAUUCUCCAUUUGCAACCUUUCCACAGCAGUGAGAAUCUGCUUGAGAACUGAGGGGGGGUUUUCUGGCGAGUACGUCAGGCACUCUUUCCUAUGAAACACGGACAUAAACCUUAUCAGUACAACACUCAGACUCUGGAUUUCAGUGUUACUCUGAUAAAGUGUUACAAAACGAGCAACACGGAGCAAAACCUUUCCUCACUCUGCCCCCCCCAGAUACACACACACACACACACACACACACACACACUCACUUUCUGCUACAGCUGUUAUUUAAGUUGUCUGUAUAUGUGAAAGACUGGGCAGCAAACUGCAGCUUCAAUGUCCUUCAGGCCUUCUGCUGAGCUGGAUUUUCCUCCAUUUCCACAGCGACUCUGAAAGACUGCACAUUGUUCACUGAGAAAAGGGGCAAAGGAGAGUUCAAUUUGUGCUCUCACUUCAUGUCCAAACAGAUCACAAACAAGUUUACCUUGGGUGUAUUUUUCCUCUGACGAUAACAAUUACACACGUGAGCAGUGUUUUUGACAUGUGAAAAUGUCAGUUUGUCACAAACUUUUAUCCCUCUUAACAGAAAAGCCGUUUGGACACCCCCAAUGCUGUGUCGUCUGAGGUCUGUGUGUGCAGUAGUACCCAGUGUGUGUCUCUUAUUGCAUCAAGGCCUUGAUGAGUGGCUGUAUUGAUUUCAUGAAAAAAAUGUGGUUAUUAUUGAUCUUCUUAAUGGGCUAAAAAAGGAUGGGAGCUAAGUCUAUAUCUGAUGAGAAAAAACGGUCGCUUUCCGACUCACAUUGGAAAAAGUGCCAAGUGGGCAGCAUUUAAAACGUGUAAACAUUGUUAUGAAAACCACUACUUGGAAAUCCUUAAAAAAAAAAAAAAAAAUCAUUUGAAGCAUUGUGUAUUCUUAAGUUUUAGAGCUAGUCGGAAAGCUUAACAAUAGUUUCUGUAAGUCUAUGUACACGUAAAUAUGCGGCUGCGGUGGUUUAAUAUUAUUACGCUCACCUUAGGUGGAGAAAAUGUUUACAGAGGCAAUGUUUUGUUACACUAAUGUGCAUCAUGAUAUUUAUGUUUAAUGCAUUUGCGUCUUGGUUCUUUAAUUCUUUGUUUGGAUAUUUUCAUUCUUUUGUCAUAUCCCCCCCCUACCCCACUAAACAACCUACUUACAAAACGAUAAAGAACACACGUGCUGUUCAUUUCAGGAAUUCACAUAGCGCUGCUUCAACCUGGACACAUUACAGUAACGUUCCCUGCAGGCUUGGACGUGAGGCGACGUGUUUUUUCCUCUGCUGUUUCUGCCAUGCUACUCUAACUUAUGUCCUCUCUGUGUAUGACAGGAAGUCAUGUAUUUUCCUGAAGUUUUUUUUUUUCUUCGAAUAAACUUUGAAAAGAAAUUUUAAAA